AUGGCCGCACCAAGGCUGCAGGGGAUGGUUGACCCCAUGCACGCGUACCGUGCUAAACGCGACCGCGAACGCAGAACCGUGUUGAAAGCGUACAAGAUCCUGGGCUUCAUCUCCUCCGGAACAUAUGGUCGAGUGUACAAGGCUGUUCUGCUCCCUCCACCAAAGACCAACGGCAAGGCGACCCUCCCUGCUGCAUCUAGAGCGGCGCUCGGCAUUACAAAGUCCAAGUCGCCAUCGGCAGGACUCGAUGACCCACUCAACAACCCAGAGCUGUGUAUGCGGCCGGGAGACCUUCCAGCCAAGGAAGGCGAUGUGUUUGCCAUCAAAAAGUUUAAGCCGGACAAGGAGGGCGACCAGCAGACGUAUGCCGGCAUCUCGCAGAGUGGAGCGCGUGAAAUCCUGCUACACCAUCGCAACCUCGUGGCUCUGAGAGAAGUCAUUCUGGAAGACAAGGCUAUUUACAUGGUGUUCGAGUAUGCCGAACACGACUUCCUUCAAAUCAUCCAUCACCACUCCCAAACGGUCCGCACUCCCAUCCCACCUUCGACACUCCGCCGCCUGCUGCACCAGCUUCUUUGUGGCCUGCACUUUCUGCACUCCAACUUUGUGCUUCACCGUGACCUCAAGCCUGCCAACAUUCUUGUGACGUCGAGCGGAGUGGUCAAGAUCGGUGACCUGGGUCUUGCGCGUCUCUGGCACAAGCCGCUCGCCCAAGGCGGCCUCUUUGGUGGCGACAAGGUCGUUGUGACUAUUUGGUACCGUGCCCCCGAGCUCAUCCUUGGUUCCAAGCACUACACAGCUGCAGUCGAUCUAUGGGCCGUUGGCUGUAUCUAUGCUGAGCUUUUAUCACUUCGGCCAAUCUUCAAGGGUGAAGAGGCCAAGCUUGACAGUAAGAAGACUCUUCCUUUCCAAAGAGACCAGAUGGCCAAGAUCUGUGACGUCCUCGGACCAGUAAAGCCUGAGCAGUGGUCUGGCGUUGUGUCCAUGCCCGAGUGGAAGACGUAUCUCUCACAGGGGCCUUACCCCACCUCUUCGCCACUUCCUACAUGGUAUGCGAACCGUUCUGGUUCUUCAAACGGGUAUGACCUGCUCAUCAAGUUGUUUGAAUGGGACCCCGCCAAACGCGUCACGGCACGCGAGUCGCUGUCGCACCCUUGGUUCCAAGAAGAAGGAGGGUGCGGCGUCGCGUCCGUGUUUGAAGGCAGCACGAUCCCAUACCCAUCCCGACGAGUUACCCACGAGGACAAUGGCGAUGCCAAGAUGGGCUCUCUCCCCCCAUCCCUUGCGGGUGGUCGCUUGCCGAGUAGCUCAAACUUCCGUCCAUCCACGGGCGCGUUGCCGAAUGCGAAACGUACAAAACUGCGAUGA